AUGUCUUCUUCAUCGGCAGUAGUUGAAAUUCUUGUCAUAAUACAACGUGACUUCCGUUAUAUAAAUUACCUUGUUUUCACUGCUGGCCUCAUCGGCAAUAUUCUCAAUAUCCUAGUCUUUACUAGAUUGAAGCUCUUUCGUAGAAAUCGUUGUGCGUUUUACUUAACCGUCGAAUCCGUCGUCAGUAUUAUUAUACUAGUAAUUUAUUUCAUCUAUCAAAUCGUCCAGAUAACAGAUUCACGUGACAUAGUCAACACUUCAUUGAUAGCGUGUAAACUGAAAACUACUCUAAAUCAAUCUGCGCGUCUUCUCAUCGGUUCAAUUGUCUGCUUCGAAGCAUUGGAUCAAUAUCUUUCUACACAUCACCGACCACAUCUACGACAACUCAUCACUCUCAAACUUGCACGAGUCCUCGUCAUCUUCUCAGCUACUCUCUGGACUAUACAAACAAUUCCAUAUAUCAUCUUCUUUGACAUUGUUCCCUCGUUUGGCUGCAUCAUCACCAAUCAAUCUUUGGUUUACUAUUAUUCAUAUGUAUAUUACAUCUUUCUCAAUGGUUUGUUACCUAUCUGCACUGCAUCUGUGUUCAGUUUGUUGGCUUAUCGAAAUGCCCGUCAUUUGAUUCGUCGUCAAGUGGCAAUCGAAAGACGUCGACUUGAUCAUCAAAUGACAGCAAUGAUCUUUGCGCGAGUGAUAAUGUUUGUUGUUGUGUCACUUCCAUACACAAUCUUUCGAGUCUAUAUUUUGAACAAUAAUACAUCGCAGCUGGAAACUUUUCGGUACGCGACUGAUGGUCUGGUUUCAACAAUUGUGACUUCAUUACUUCUCUUGACUUAUGCGAUGACCUUUUAUCUGUUCUUGUUAACAUCAUCCCGUUUCCGUCGACAAGUGAAAACCGUUCUGUCAAAGCGGUGUAUACAAUCGUCGCAAAUAGACGUCAGGAAAAAUGUUGACCGACGCUUAAUUAUCGAGCUCAUAUGUUCUUCUGAAGGGAAUAAAGCAGAAAACGGUAUGUCCGAACUUGGUAUUAUCAAAAUUCCAAAUAUUGAAGAGCACGAGGAGAAUGACAAAAAACUAAGUAAAGAUUUCAAGGGUUGGACAGCAAAAUCGUCGAGAACGGAACGGGUUAUUCUUAUAGUAUCUGGUUCCCAUGACAACGACAAUGCACGCAUGAAACAAUUCAGAAGAUCUCGUAAAGUUGCAAGAAUCUAUCAACGUUUAUCUCCAAAACAACUGCAACCAUUGCCGAAACACCGAUUAUUCAACAACCCAUUCUCCAGUCAAAGCAGACUGCCAAUACAUGUAAUGGGUACCCUUGCACAAAAAUUGGACAACAGCAGCCAGAUGCAGCUAAUUCAAAUACUAUUCAAUCAAUUUAUCGUGGCUCUUCCAAAGCGUGAUGAAGCUACGAGAGAAUUCUUUGAAUUCUGUCGUAAGAAAUACAACAAUGAAGAAGUUAGCUUGAAAAAAAUUCGUAGAUACGAAAAGAAUUACCAUCCAGAAAAAGCUAUCGAGUUGUAUACAGAUCCUGACAAUCUUAUCAACGUGCUGGUCUGCACCACAUGUUCUAGCUUUAAUUUUAACGAUUUUUUCAAAAUUCGAUUGAUUCUUCAUGAUCUUCACGCACAAUUAAAAAAACUACAUGAUGAACAGUUAUCAGAGUGGCCAGAAACGCCAUUAGACCUGUAUCGAGGUAAAUGCAUAGCAAAACAAGAACUAGACCAGCUUCUAAAUGUCGGGGUACAUGUAAUGACAAGAAACAUCUUGUCUUCUACAACUGAUUUACAGGUGGCAAAUUUUUUCGCUUGUGAAGGUCAAGGUGAUAAAGACAAGUUGUCUGUUACCUUCCACAUGCGUAUUGAUCGCGAAGAAGGUGCAUCGAAACCAAUAGCGUCCGUCGACAGGCAAAGCAGUAUGAAGGGCGAGUGCGAAGUCAUACUGCCUAUGGGUAUUGUAUUUCGCAUCGAAUCUUACGCAAAAGAUGACGCCAAGAAUUCAGCACGAGUAAACAUGGUUCGUGGUAAAGCCGAACAGAACAUCGAGAAACAAUGCAAUCGUCUCUCACUCUUCAUUGCUGCAGCAGGAGCUACUACAAUCGGCGUAUCACUCGUUGCUCUGUUUCUGCAGUCUAUGGAAGGCAGUGAAUACUAUGGAGAAUAUUCUAAACUGAUGGUUCGUGCAGUUGAAUCCGAAAAGGCAGAAUUACUUGACCAAGUUCGCAGUGUGAUCAACAGAGAUUAUCUCACCGAUAUAGAACAGCUCGAAAUUAAUGAGCUGGUAACGACUAUUAAAGGCAAUAUCCUAAAUGCCGUAACAGACGUCAUCCCGAUCGAUCCAAAUUUCGUGCCACCAAUCAACACUGAACUACGUGACAUUGAACCACCUUCUUGGAAUCGAUUUUGGUCGAACUUAAAAAAUAAAUUUUCAUAA